GCUAACUACAACACUGACCCUUAUCUCCAAAUUAACGAAGCAAAAUGGCAUAACAAAUUUAGUUGCAAGAUAAAUUCAUCAAACAUGCAAGCUAUUAUCCACAUUUUAAUGUAUAUGAUAAUUUUGAAAGGUUGCGAUGCACAACAACGCAACUUUACGUUUGCCAGUACAACGAUAACAGCCGAGAAACUACAAGAAAAGGUCAAUGACUACAGCCAGUGCUACGUUGAUGUUGUCGUCCAUAAUUCAUCGUCCUUUCAAUUUGGACUGUUAAAUGCUACAGUUAUAGCGUUAACAAAUGAUUCUGGUAAAGUUUACUACGCCGACGGGCUAACGGAUAUUAACGGUCAUGUUUGUCUUCCUGUUCUCUGUCAUAAAGCAAUUCGUAUUUUUGUAGAGAAAAAUUCUGUUCGAAUUUCUGCACUUAAUAAAACGAUGCAACAGAUAAAUAUUCCAAGAGGAUUUAGUGUAAAAUUUGAAACAAAUAAUGAAGUGAUAUUAUUUUAUGCAUAUGCAUGGGGAACAGUAGCCGGUAGGUCCGGUCCCGUUUACAGUACAAAAGAAAAAGGAAAAUGCAACGCAGCUCUAACAAGCGAUUAUCAUCUUGUGUUUUCUUACAUUGCUAUUCCCGACAGACUAUUGUCGACACUUCCUCCACCUACUAACCCAGAUGAUCCUAAUGAUCCGAAGUUUGGAAAUGCUUGGAGAUAUGGUAUGACGGGCUCCAGACGAUCAUGCUUUUUUAAAAUUAAAAUAAAGACCCUCUCAACGCAAGUCAAAAUAAGUGCAUACAGCAAACUGGAUAAUGCAAGUGGAACGGUGUAUGGCUUAUUUGAAACUGGGCCAAAAUACGACGUUAAUGCUGCUGAUUACACGGAUAAGGCAGCUUGUGUAGAGUUCAGAUGCCCGGCUAUUGGUACAUUGUAUGGUGUCGAAAUGUCUACCUAUAUCGAAGGAAAUAUCGAGGUACCAGGACAUUCCAACGGAUGCUGCAUAAGCAACAUUCGAUCAGGAAAUAUCUUCAACGUUGAACGCACAAAAUUCAACACGGUAUUAGCAAUGACCAGCACGGACAACUACGGCUCCGAAAAGGGAAUCUACAUUAACCAAGAUCCGCGUGUUGCACGUGCAAAAUGCUUCACUGGUCGUGAAUUUCUAGGCUCUGAGUAUGCAAUGAAUGUUAAUGUAGGAUAUGCAUUUGAAUAUGAUUGUCAACAGGACCAACAAUGUUCUUUUGUUCUUGGUAAAUAAAGAUAAAAAAGGAAGAAAACACGUAAAUUGAAUAUUCUUUUAAACUAUUUUAUCGUUAUGACUUUUCUAAGAGUUUUACUAAAUCAGGAACCGAACAUUGAGUGAUGUAUACACAUGUUCUAACCAGUUCAGCUGCAUAACAAUUAAUCUGAUGUUAUCCGAUUACGCAUAUCCUGAAAGCUUCCAACAUGUGUGAUUAUUAUCAUUUUUCAUAAGAUUGAACAUAUGUGCACUAUAUGCAAGUAAGUAAGUAAGUGAGUGAGUGAGUGAGUGAGUGAGUGAGUGAGUGAAUGCGUGUGUGAGUGAGUGAGUGAGUGAGUGAGUAAAGACUUUAUUUAUCGAGGCAACACAUUUGGUUUCUCAAUCUUCUACGUUGGCCUCUAAACAUAUAACAAUGUGUUCUAUUUGAAUCCGAGUGGUUUACCUUAAACAAUGUUUUAACAUUUUACCGCUUCGGAAUGUAAGGUUGUAAAAGAUAACUCAUUAUUUCAAGGGAUGUAAUAACAUCAUUAUGAAUAUUGGCUACGAUCGCGUAUCAUGUUUUGUUGACAAUGAGACUUACGUCAUUUGUUCUCAACUACGGUUUCACAUUAUAUACGUAUGUGAGUAUGCAUAGUAAAUAUCAAAAG